AUGCCAGGUGUACCUAUGUGGAGUAAUAUUUCAACGGGAAUUAACGAACAGGUUUGGAGUUCAUCUGAUCAUUUCACAAGUCGCAACGCAAACCUCCUUAAUCGGCUAUCUGGGCAUACACCCACGCUAUCAAAAUUCUCCUCCUCUCGAUCCGUUCUAGCGCUUUCGAGGUUGACUCCAGCUGAAUGGUUCAACAAACAGAUUCAAAGUUCAAAGAAAUCAGAUGAAAUUGAAAACUCACUUUUGAAAGACGAUGACUCUUCUGUUGAAGCCAAUAAGGUUUCAGGCAUCAAAAGGCCCCAACAAACACCUACCAAUAACAAGGGGAAUCUUGUUUAUGUCCGGAGGAAGACAGAAUCAGAACAUCAUAAAAACAGCAAUUGUAUCAAACCAAAUGAUCAACCUAUAAAACCACAUGAACACGAUGAAAAGAAUCAUGAACAAAAAAAUCCAAUCAACGAUUCUACAAUAUCUACUCACAAAGAUACAAAGAUUAGUUCACCUUCAAAGGGAUUAUCAAGUAUUCAACAAUGGGAAGAGCGAUAUAUGAGAUUGCAGAACUUUUUAAAGGUUUUAGAUUUGUCAAAUCAAGAUGAUUAUCGCCAGAUGCUUCGCUCCCUCACAUCAGUUGGGCUUAGCAGAGUUGCAGUUGAACUAGAAAAGAGAUCAAUUCAGCUCUCUAUGGAGGAAGCAAGAGAAGUCCAACGUGCAAAACUUGUGGAUACAUUGCAUAAAUUUUCAACAACUACUGGAGAACACCCAUCAAACAAGUGAAGCAAUCGAUCCUGCAUACAGUUGUUAAUAAGUUGUUAAUAGUAACCAGCUUUUUUUUUUUUAAUCUUUAUUCUCCACUAACCUGUAAAAUAAUGAAACUUUAGGGGGUUCAAAUGAAAUAAAGACAAACUAUAUGGGGGUCAGUCACUGUAAAAAAAAAAAACAUCCACCGAAAAAUCAGUA